CCACAAUCUGCAAUAAUUUACCAGACCGUUGAGCCAUGAGCUUCAGCAAAGCAGAGUAUCAGAAAGAAGAAUUCGUGGCUGGCAUGCCACCAGUGCCAGAGGGCGAGUUCUGCGUUUUCGGCAUAGUCUAUGCGUAUCCAGAGCAUGCGGACGCUCUCGAGGCUGUGUAUGCAGAAACAACGCGGCUUGCUGCCUCUGAAGCGGGCACAAUCUAUUACUGCAUAAGCCGUGAUCCAGACGACCGAACGGUAUUCCACUUCUUUGAACGGUAUACUGGCCGCGCCGCAUUCGAGAAACACAAUGCGCAACCCAUUGUCAAGAAGCUGAUACAGGACAAGCUCUUCAGGGGCGUGAAGGCGAAGUUUGUGGAAGCUAUCAAGCCAGCAAGCUCGUGAUGAGCGCUCAGCAUUCGACUCACCUUUGCGACGUGCCCGAUGAGCAGGCCUACCCAUACCAUCGAACACAGAGCUGCCCGGGAUGUUGAAAGGAGGCGCGUUUGGACAAUGAUGGAGGGGCAAUAACUGUCCCCAGAGACAAAAGCAGCGUUCUGCGAUCACGCAGCCCGUGGAGGGGUACAGGUUCUGAGCGCUGCAUGUACUGUCGAGCAUACACGCCGUCACGAGCCAUUUGCAAGAUCGAUGUAGGAUCUCUAGUGGGUGUUGGGAGGCCGCGAACAAGUGUGGCGUCAAGAGCAGGCUGAGCAGGAAUGAUAACACCGUACUCUACGACUAGCAACGACGCCAUUGUUAGAUGAGCAGAA